UUAGCUUAUCAAUUAACUUAUUAACUAUAGCAAAAAAGAGUUUUGCCCUGUCAUGGGGCAUUGAAACCCUCCUAUAAAAGCUGCCCUUCGCCGCUUAAUGUCUAUUAAAAUGUUCCUCUUUUUAUUGGCGGUAGUUCUUCUCCAGUUGGUUGGUGCUUCUCAUUUGGAAUCCAGCCAAGUGCUCCGUGAACUUAAUCAAGCUUUUCAAAUGGAGCUCAAUGUGUUCAUUGAUUUUAAGGAUUUUGGAGCCUUGAGUGUACUCCAUAGCCUGGACACUCCCAGAAUUCUACUGUCUUCAAGUUCAAAAGAAGCUAAAGAACUUCGAAUCCUUGGAAACUUCACAGAAAGAGCCCUUAUCCUGGUUGAACUAAAAGAUUUUGGACUAGAUACGCAGGUGGCCAAACUACUGCCUCGUCUGUUGGAUAAACUCCAUGAGUUACAUAUAGCAUUUCUGAGCUUGGAGGAACCAGCGUUCUCGAAACAAGAACUUUACACCUACUGCUUUAAAGAGGGUUUUAUCAAUGUGAUAUUGAUCCACGGCAAGGACCUCUACAGCUAUCUGCCUUAUCCAACCAUCCAACCGAUUAAGCUCGUAAACAUCUCGGAAUACCUCAAUCGAGGAAGGAUCAUUCGCAACUUUAAGGGCCAUCCCGUGCGCUCACUUCGAACCACAUUAGCUCCGCGGGAUUUUGAGUACUUCAACGACAAGAACGACCUGGUCCGGGCAGGAUAUUUGUUUGCGGCCAUCAAGGAGCUUGCUUAUCGCUAUAAUGCCACCCUGGAGGACGUACCCUUGCCCGACGCAACGGAAUACGAAGUGUACGCAGUCAUAUAUCACAUGCUAGUUACGAAAAAGAUCGACAUUAUUGGUUAUUUUGUGGAAUUCAAAUGGGGUGUAGCCUACACAGCACCACUCUCCAUCAUCCCCCAGUACUUCAUGGUGCCCCAAGCCCGACCCAUUUCCAGCUAUCUGUAUUACUCCCGACCCUUCAGUUGGACUCUGUGGUUGGUCGUUAUAUCCACUGUUCUCUACGGCACUCUGAUGCUAUAUCUGACUUCAGGAGGAGCCGGAAACGAGAUCGGGGAGUGCCUGCUGCAUAGCCUCAGCCACAUCCUGUACAAUUGCCACCAAAAAAUCAGAGCUGCUGGUUGGAGAGACACAGCUAUCCAUGCACUCCUAACGAUCGCGGGCUUUGUACUCACCAAUAUCUAUCUGGCCACGCUCUCCAGUAUCCUCACGUCGGGCCUGUACGAGGCGGAGUACAGUACGCUGGAGGAACUGGCCCGUGCUCCGUACCCCAGUCUGCACGACGAGUUCUACAAGAAGCAGUUGCAAUCGAAUGCCUUGGUUCCCGAGGCCCUGCGGCGGAACAGCCUGACCCUGAAUGCCACCCUGCUGAAGGCCUAUCGCGAUGGCCUCAACACCAGCUACAUGUAUUUGCUGUACGAGGAUCGCCUGGAGCUGAUCCUGAUGCAGCAGUACCUGCUGAAGACGCCGCGCUUCUACAUGAUACGCCAGAGAGUGGGCUUUGCCCUCGAGUCCUUUUGCGUGUCGAAUAGUUUGCCGUACUUGCAGAUGACCAGUGAGUUCAUGAGGCGGCUGCAGGAGCACGGCAUCAACAUCAAAAUGAAGGCGGACACCUUCCGGGUGCUGAUCCAGCAGGGCAUCUACACCCUGAUGCGGGAUGAUGAGCCUCCGGCUAAGGCGUUCGACCUGGACUACUAUUUCUUCGCUUUCGUCUUGUGGGCCGUGGGCCUGGUUGCUGCCCUUUUGAUUUUUUUCGUGGAGGUGGUUAAAAGGAAAUAAGGGAUAAUGAACUGGUUAUAUUACUCUCUCUAAGAUCUACCUU